CUAAGGUUCCGAACGUAUGCCUCAUAGGGAGAACCGACCACAACCCUAGCGCGAAUCGAAAACUCCCCUUUUGACACAUGGCACAACUCGUGCCGAGGCGCACAAAAUGAUUUAAAAUUUAAACAAAAAAUCAAUUUUUUCAAAGAAAUAUCCACUUUCUAUAAUCUUAUCUUUGAAACUAAAUCCAAAAAGAAACCUAUUUCAGCUACCUACCUAUGUCUUUGGACCGGGUAAGUUUAUUUUUUCAAAUCUUUGUGUAGGUUAGAUUUAUAUUAUAAACAAUUAUUUGAGAACAAGCACAAUGAAAAACAAUAUUUGAGAACAAGCAAAAUGAGAAGCUAUAAACAAUAUUUAACAUUAAUUAUGUGAUUGCAAUCAUAAAUUGAAAACAAAGGUCAGAUUAAAUUCGAAUUUAAUGUAUAUUUUUUGUACUUGAAAAAUAAAUAUCACCUUGAGAAGUAUUGAGAACAUUUUAUAAAUAUUUUUUUUCAAUUUUUGCAUAACGUAGGAUGAAUAGUGUGUUUUGAGAUGUCUGCAGAAGAAAAUACACAGGUGCUCCCCAUUGUCUUGGGAGUAGGAAUAGUAGUUGUAUCUCUUGUAAUCUACAAAUUUUACAUUGCAAAGGACGCAUCUUCUAAAGGAAAAAGUUCAAAAGCCAAGAAAGUAUUACUAGAAGACCCCCAAGCCAAAUAUGCUCUGCCACUUAUAGAGAAAACCAUCAUCAGUCAUGAUACAAGAAACUUCAGAUUUGCUUUACCAUCUAAGGAGCAUGUACUUGGUUUACCUGUUGGCCAACACAUACAUUUAUCGGCUCGAAUCGAAGGCGACUUAGUAAUAAGAUCGUAUACCCCAGUAUCAUCAGACGACGAUAGAGGUUAUGUCGAUUUGGUUAUUAAAGUAUACUUCAAAAAUGUUCAUCCCAAAUUUCCCAAAGGUGGAAUGUUGACGCAAUAUCUUGAAAAUAUGAAAAUCGGCGAUACUAUUGAUGUAAGAGGACCAUCUGGUAGGCUUCAGUAUAUCAGUCCGGGAACAUUCGCUAUUAAAAAGAUGCGUAAAGACCCUGCGACUAUUAUUAAAGCUAAGAAAGUUAAUCUUAUUGCCGGUGGGGUAGGAAUUACCCCAUGUCUUCAACUACUCAGACAAAUCGCUAAAGACUCUAAAGACACCACACAAGUAGCUACAUUAUUUGCCAAUCAAACUGAAAAAGAUAUUCUACUCAGAGAGGAACUUGAAAAAGUUAGUAAUACAAAUAAUUUCAAAUUGUGGUAUACUUUGGAUAAAGCUGAACCAGGUUGGAAAUACAGCACAGGAUUUAUCGACGAAAAUCUGCUCAGGGAUAAUCUAUUUCCAGCUUCUCCUGAUACUAUAACUUUGAUGUGUGGCCCACCACCAAUGAUUAAUUAUGCCUGUAUGCCUAAUUUGGAAAAAUUGGGUCAUAGUAAAGACCUUUUGUUUGCUUAUUAAAAAUUUUCCACAACGCAUUUUUCGAAUAGGUACCUCUUUUUCAUCUUUGAAGCGAAAAAAUAUUAUUUCCUUUCUCUACUCUUCAGACGCUAAAUAAAUACAUAAAUGUACAGUAAACUCUGAAUGUAAUCAACUUAAAAAAUUAACUAAAGGGGGUUCCAUAUUUAUUUUAUUAGAACUGGUAUGAAAUAAAUUCAUGGGUCUUUACAGAUAAUUUUUUUACUAGGAAAAAUGUUUGUUUUAGCUCAAAGUUUAUCAUGUUAUAGGUACUUUUUCUUUUAGUAAUACAUGUUUUUAUAUCAUUUUUAUUAUGUUAAUGUUCAAACUGAAUCAAAAUACAACUAAAUUGAGAAAAUAGAAUUAGUGUUGUUUGUUAAACAUACAGAAUAAUAAUUAUAAAAAACGAUUUUGUCUUGUUCUUG